CUGUGCGCUGACGGGAGCGCGCAGCGCCGGAUGCAGGUAGGGCUGACACACUUUCCUGCCUCCCCGCCUGACACAUGCAGCUGGAGCGGCUGUGGUCCGGACGCUGCGCAGCCAUCAGGUGCUCCAAACCCGGCUGGAUGAAGAGCUGAAAACUGCUGCAGGAAAUCUGAGAGCUCCGGCUGGCAGGACGGAAUUAGAAAAAGGAAAGGCAGAGAGCGGAUGCGUGUUUGACCUGAGCUGCUUCGGCGUGCGCUCCGUGUAGUCACCGAGGUCAGCUGCUGGGAGUGAGCGCUCCGUGGAGGCGGAGGGAGGGCGGACAGCGGGUCCUGGAAGUUAAGGGGCUGCCGCUGCAGAAAGAGCAGCUCCCACAGGGAAUAAAGCAGGAUUAAAGUAUCUAGUGGGCUGGACUGGAAGACGGACUGACGGCGUGGCUGUUAGAUAACCCUACAAGGUUUCUAAACGAAAUGGGCAAAGGAGUCCCGGUCACCUUGUAAGAUGUUUCCUCACCACAGAGAAAGGGAGCAGCCGUUAUUCAGCACCCGUGCACAUGUUUUCCAGAUUGACCCCACAACCAAGAGGAACUGGAUACCUGCUAGCAAGCAUGCGGUCACAGUGUCCUUCUUCUAUGAUGCCAACCGAAAUGCCUACCGUAUCAUUAGUGUGGGUGGAACAAAAAGGGCAGUGCGGGAUGAUGCUCAGCGGCCAACACUCAUGUCUGGCUCCACGGCAAUUAUCAACUGCUCUAUUACACCAAGCAUGACAUUUACUAAGACAUCUCAGAAGUUUGGUCAAUGGGCCGACAGCAGAGCCAACACUGUCUAUGGACUGGGUUUUGCCACUGAACAGCAGUUGCAUCAGUUUUCAGAGAAAUUUAAGGAGGUCAAGGAUGCUGCUCGUUUGGCCCGAGAAAAAUCUCAGGACAAAGAACUAGCCAACACUGCACUCACUAUUGCUGCCCCUCAGUUCUCACAGGACCUCUCGGAUGAACUCCAGUCUCCACCGGUGAUGUGUGUGAAUGGACCAGAGGACAAGCUGUUUCGCAGCCAGAGUGCAGAUAUAACUCUGGCCUCUGAGAAGGAAAGGAUUAAGAAGAUGCUUUCUGAAGGAUCUAUUUGUGAGAUUAACCUCGAAGCGGAGCUGUUCACUCUACAGGACAGCAACUCCAAGUUGGUGGCAGCUUUGCAUGAGGCCAAUGCUAAUGUGGAGCAAUGGAAGAAACAGCUGGCAGCAUAUCAGGGGGAGACUGAAAGACUCAGAGAACAGGUGGCUGAACUGGAAGUCCAUGGAGGCCAAGGACCCAGUGACCUGCUCAAGGAUGAGCUUACCCAAUCCCUGGAGGAGCUGGAGGCCUUACUGAAGGCCAAAGAUGAGGAGAUUCACAUUUUACAAAGUAAGAAGAGAGAGUACCAUGAGAUGGAACAUGAGCGGGAUCAGGCCAUUCUCAGAUUAAGGGAAAUGGAGAUGCGAAGCUCCGAGUUGGAACGUCGCAUCCAGAACACAGAACAGAACCUUAGUAAUUCCCUGGAGGAACGGGAUCGUAUGGAUACCGAGAUCCAGAGGGCCAUUGAAAUCCUGGACAUAAAGAUUUUUGAUCUCAAUGAUCUUCGGCAGAGCCUUGUUAAACUACUUGACAAAUAAGAAGGGCUUAGAAAAGAUGUCAUCAUAGAACCGACAGAGAAUGAAACAUCUAACCUGGUUACUUUUUCCAUGGUCAUUGCAAAAAACAUGCUAAAAAGGGUGGAGCUGAUCCCUGUGCUUCAGUGCACAUGAAUAACUGUGGGGCAGGAGGGGUCACUCCAUAUCUGUGUUGAAUCACUGGCUGUUCAACAACAUCAUUUACAGUAGGUAAAGACCUAAGCAACAAUAAUUUUGUGGCAAUGCUUCUCAGAUCUAAUGUAUCGCUUCAUAUUGCGUUCAAACAUAACUAAAUGCAAUAAUCAAACUUUAAAUAAGUGCUUUACCAUGAUAGACUUUUAAACUGGUGCUUGUGUUUUUCAGUAUAACUUUUUAUAU